GUGAAAGAUGAGCAGCCAUGUUGAGUGGAGUCGACCUGUGUUGAUGUUUAUUACACUGGGUACACUUCUGUUUCACAGCCGCCAUCACCACAACAACCACUUGCGUAAAUACACUGGUCAGCAUUCCCUCCGAGCUUCACCUUUGCUAUCCUCUGCACUAGUGCCCUAUAUUCUCGGCCCUCGUCAAAAUGGCCACUCCUCUCCCAGAAGCCCUGGAAGCCCGAUACCUCCACGAUUACAAACUCAUGUUUGAGUUCGCCCAAUCCCACAAGGGCGAGGCCCUCCCUCCAGCCUACGCCCUCUGCACCACCCCGUUUGAGCACCUCACCAAGAUCAAGAUCGAUAACUUGAAGGUCGAAGCCCAUCACCGCGGGCGGUACAUUCUUCUACGGACACUGACACCGACCGCCCUCGUCGCCGCUGUGGGUGCUGUUGUGGAAGACGAGGUGGGGAACGUGCUUAUGCUGCAGCUACAUAAUCAGGAGUCCGGGGUUGUCGACGGGGCGGGUUUAUCUGUGGGGCAGGUGUUGGUGGUGGUCGAGCCAUAUCUUCAUGUCCCGAUUGAUGGCCAUGGUGCCAUCCGCGUGGAUCAUCCUUCUGAUCUGCGCGUUCUCGCUGAUUGGGACAUUACGGUGCCGGUGCAGUGGCGACGACAGGUGGUCGAGUCGGAGUUGCAUGCCAUGCAAUGGAAGGCGAAAGGGAAUGAAGCGUUCAACGCCCUGGAUUCUCGCUUUGCAAUCGAUUGCUACACUCAAGCUCUAUCCUCCUCACCCUCCGCGGACGAAGCCCUAACUAUCAAGCUCAACCGCGCUCUGGCCUUCCUCCGAUCCCAUCAGUUUGACGCCGCCCUUCGUGAUUUAGAAGCAAUCCCCCAGCCCUCGGAGAAAGCCCUCUUCCGCAAAGCCCAAGCGUUGUACCAUCUCCAGCGCUUCGCGGAGUCCUGCGAGGUACACAGAGUUCUUGCAAAGGCAUUCCCGGGAAACACCCUCGCACAGAGCGAAUUCGCGCGCGCCAAGGCCCGGCUCGCAGAACAGCAGACGGGGGUGUUUCCAUUCAAGGAGAUGCAGCGCGAGGUUACGAGGCGUUCCCCGCUGCUGUUGGACCACGCCACCUACGUCGGCCCGGUCGCGGUGCGUCCGACGCCAUCCGCUGGGAUGGGACUAUUCACAACCAGACCUGUCAAAGCGGGUGAUCUCCUGAUUUGCGAGAAGGCGUUUGCCUGCACCUACAUGGGAGUGGAUGAUUUCCCCAAGAGCACUCAGAUAGAGCUGUUGAGACUGAUGGCGCAGAAACUUCUCAAGAACUCGUCGCUGAUACCCGGGAUUAUCGCACUGCACCAUGUGGGAUACGAGGGUGAUGACGUGCGCGAAGUUGAUAACACACCGGUGGUGGAUAGCUUCCUCCUCGAGAGAAUCCGCGCACUUAACGCCUUCGGUGGCAGCCACCCAAGUCGCCGCGAGAUGCUCCUCGAGACCUGGGGCUCUGACGGGCGCGUUCCCGCAAAAACGCCGGACGUCAUCUUCGCCGCCUUAUGGCCCCUGGUCUCCCGGAUCAACCACUCCUGCCACAGCAACGCGGUGCACACACAUAUCGGCGACAUGAUGAUCGUCCGCGCGGCCCGAGACCUUCCAGCGGACAUGGAAGUCACCGCCAUGUAUCGGUCCGUCCACCGUGACGUGGACUGCCUUGAUCCCGAUAUUAACAGUACGCCGGCCCUGAACUUUGGACACUGGGGCUUCCGGUGCACCUGCAUCCUUUGCAACGACCACGAGGCGAGCCCCGCGGGCAACCUGAGCAGACGGCGUGAACUCGGGCUGCAGCUUGGGUUCGUGCUGGGGACGCUGGCGGAUCGAGUACCGAAUCCCACGAAGCUCGAGGAGCGUCUUAUCAACAAGAUCGCUAGCACUUACGUCCGGCCCGCGGCGGAAGUGCCCCGUCUGGCGCUGGAGAAGGGAUAUCCACUGUUGGCGCGGCUUUGGGCGCGGCAGAAUAACCCGCGCAGGGCGAUUGAGUGUGCAGUGAAGGGGUUCGAGGCGCUGGGCUAUGUUGUAGAAGGCGCGCUGCCUCCGUAUCCUUCGGGAGGUGGCGGGGGUGGAAGACGCCUGCGGGUGAAGAAAUGGGGAGUUGUGACGGAGGGGCUGGUCGGGUGCUGGAUGACGCUUGCGCAUUCGUAUCGCAAGGUGGCGCCAGCUCUGGCCCCGCAGGCGCAGGAGUUCGCCAAGGUCACGUAUCGGAUUGUCGUGGGGGAGGAUGAGACUUUUGCGGAGACCUUUGCGUGGCGGGCUGAUUUGCCGGUUGGGUUUCUUUCUCCGGAGCGGUGA